AUGGCCCCUAAAAAGCGCCCUGCUCCUUCUAAGGCUUCUGGCCAAGAAGCUAAAAGAAAGAAGACCGUAAUGAAGCUUGACAAGAAGGUGGAAACUUCUCGAUAUGUUGAGGAGGGAAAAAGUUACGCUGCAGUCGGCCACCAUUUCAAAGUGAAUGAGAGCACAGUUAGAUAUAUAAAGAAAAAAGAAAAUGAAAUAAGAAAAAGUGUUAGUAUGACAUACUAUGGCACCGCAAAGGCUGUGUCCACAGUGAGAGACAAAACCAUCGUGAAAAUGGAAUCUGCACUCUCGUUCUGGAUAAAGGACUGCAGGAAGAAGAACGUGCCCCUUGACUCCAACAUCAUACGCCAAAAAGCACGACAGAUCUACCAGCAGCUAUCAACUCCUACUGCUUCACAAGGUGGAGAAAGGAUAUCGCCCAGAACAGGUGUUCAAUAUGGACGAAACUGGCCUGUUCUGGAAGAAAAUGCCGUCCCGGACGUACCUUAUGAGGAUGAAGCUAAAGCCUCCGGAUUCAAGGCACAAAAGGACAGGGUGAUCCUCCUGAUGUGCGGGAAUGCAGCUGGUUUCAUGCUGAAACCAGGCCUCAUUUACAAGGCUGCAAAUCCCAGGGCACUCAAGAACAAGAACAAGGCGUUACUGCCCGUCUUCUGGAUGCAUAAUCCCAAGGCCUGGAUCACCAAAGUUCUGACGGAGUACUGGUUUCACAAGAGUUUCAUUCCUCAAGUAAGGCAAUACCUGGCCGAUUUGGACAUCAACUUCAAGGUCUUGCUGAUAAUGGACAACGCUGGUGGCCACCCUCUCGAUCUUUAUUCCAAAGGAGUCCCAGCUUGGAUUCCUUCCUCCCAACACCACCUCUCUCCUCCAGCCUAUGGAUCAGGCGUCAUCCGUGCCUUGCAAGGCACUCUACACCGGAAACUCCCUCCAGCACCUUGA